AUGAUCUGGGGAUUCUCCACACAAAAUAACUAUAGUACAAAGGUCCUGGGAAUGAGAAAACCAUGCGAUGAAAAAUAAGUAUACAUAAGCUUUUGGAAUUUCCGAGGCGCCCACAUCUUUCGAAUGGUUGUUGAUGGUACUGCUAUGUUCAACGGACUAUGUUUCAUUAGUUUGUAACAAUUUGGGUCCCUCGGAAUACCUCCGUCGGAUUCCUUCUCCAAAAACCUGACAGUUGACAUUGGAUAUAACUUAUUCCCAAUUCAGCCCUUAAUUAGAACGUAUUUUCGUUAAAUCGGCAGUUGUGUGUGUGAACACGGUCACGUCCGUUGGUACUGUUUGAAGAAAAGGGGGGUCGUGAAUCGCUUCACUCCCUCUCUCCUCCUCUCCUUGGCUUCCACCAGGCAGCCCCUCUUUUCCCUUAUUUUCUUUCUUUUUUUUGUUUUCCCUGGAUUUCCACCCGGAAAUCCCCCUAUUCUUUUAUUUUCUUUAAUUUCUGUUUUAUUCCACUCAAUAUGGUGAGUUGUGCCUAUUUUCCAUUGCAAUCAUCACUUUCAUCCAAUUCUCACCAAAAAACGACGUUGAAUGCAUCCUAAGAGAUAAGAAAAAUUCAAUAAUUUUGAAAUUGAUAUGUUUGAAGAUAGACAAAAUUUAUGAGAAUCAAAUCCUAUUCGGUUUUGUCAGAUCUACCUUAUUUUGGAGAAGUGAGAAGUGUCACGGUUGUUACUCAAACCGUCAGUUUAUUUUGAUGAUGGAACCGAGGUCAAAAAAACUCAGUCUUUUCCUGAAUGUCUCAGUAGUAUUCAAAAAAAAUUUUGACGUCCAACGAAUCAGUCUCCGGCAAGCUACGAACCGAAAACCAAUUCAACAAUCACAAUAAUACAGUGCGCGUCAUAAAGAUAGGACACCCCCUAAAAUGACGUCCUAGAGAGAACUGAACAUUUUAGAGAAAAACUGUAAAUGCCAUUCGAUUCAGCAUACAAAAUAACCUACAAAACCAAUUUUUUAGAUUCCUACCUCGAAAAUGAAAGCUACAGCACUAAAAAGUCUUAAAAUCGGGCGCGUCAUAAAGAUAGGACACCCCCCAAAAAUAAAGGGAUUUUUCAACUUUUUGUGCUUUGUUCAGAUAAUUUUCAGGUUUUUGGGUUGUAUUAUUAAAGUUUCAUUAUUCUUUUGUGUUUUUAUUGAGUUUCUAACAAAACAAAACGAUCCAAUUAUGCACAAAUUAUAGUGUUGUUCUGAUAGAUGUUAAGGGCUUCCGGACAAAAUUCAAAAUCUUAGAAACAUUUUUGUUUUAAAACGUUUUAUUGAGCAGGCACUGGGAAGUCAGUGGUCCUGCGGUCGUAGAGUGACGUAUGUUUGCUUGGGAACACUUUUGCGAACUCGUUCUCGCUAUCUCUUCCCAAUUUCUCUAUUUGCGCAGUGUUUGGAAACUUUUCGACCCGUUGAUUUCAUAACCGUUUAUUGAUUGGGCAUUGGUUUUGGGCAGACUUGCCAAAUCCCGGGCCGGGCCAGCAAAUCGUCGGCCCGGCCCGGCCCGGUCGGCCCGGAAGUUAGACCUCAAAAAAAAUAUGCAAAAAAAAUAUGAAGGAAGAGGAAAACGCGUGCGGCAAAAUUGCUAAAAUGGCGUGCCAGAGUUGCAAUCAAUCGCUCCGCCCACUCUUGAGAAAAUUUUCGUAAUUUUUGUGAAAAUUUUGCUACUUUAAACAGCAAUUUCUAUUUUUUAACAGGUUUUUUUAUGCUAUAAAAAUUGCCUUUUUAAGUCUAUAAAAUUUUAAUUCUAUAAAAUUAUGUUCGUUUCGAAGUUCUAGUUCGCUUUGAAUUUUUAGGUGCAUCCUCCCGGGCCGGGCCGGAAAAUUUCCAAUUUUGGCCCGGCCCGGCCCGGCCCGUUGCAAGUCUGGUUUUGGGGAUCACAUUAUUACAGGCAAGGGGCAAAUUAUACAUCACAAUGUCCAAAGGGUAAUGUAGUUCCAUCUGGGAGAAUUCUUGCGAAUAUAAAAAGGAUUGGUACAGAGUCAUUGCACAACAUUGCUCACAAUUUUCUGUUGAGUUCCAUUUUCGCAACUGAGACAGUUCGCAUUUGGUUGUGAAUUGGAACAGUUGCGAGAAGAUUUGAGAUUUUGCAUUUUUCAAUUUUCAAUUGUCGAUAUUCAGAUAACAUUCAAGAUGUACCCGCGCGCGUUGGUUCCAAGUGCCCUCAACGGAUCCGCCGAUGCCGUCCGCGCGGCAAUCGACGUCCUCGCCGAUGAUGAGGCCGUUCUCGACGACGGCCAAAUGGUCUUGACCGCCUUGACCAUCGUGCCCCAACGGUUAGUUUCACCCCGCUUUUUCCUUGUUUCAUGUCCUAUUUUUCAGAGCCGGCGAGUAUCGGUUCAACGAAAAGUUCUCAAUGAGAGACAAGCUGCGGCUCACGAAAAACAUGGAGAUCAAAGGCGACGAAGUGCUCGUCGAGGACAAGGGAGGCGUCUACGUCGUCUCCCUUUUAACAGUCAUUCGGCUCCCCUCGUAAGUUUUCCACUCAAUCUAUUCGAGCUCUAAACGAUCACUUUUCAGGCUGCUAGAUUUGACAAGGGAGCGACAGCGACGGAAGGAGCUUACAAAGAGCGAGCGGAAGAUGAAAAAGGAGCUGAUCAAGCGGGAAGCGGAGAAGAAAAAGUCCGAAAAAGAGGAACGAGUUCGAUCACCGUCUCUUCCAUACUAA